AUGGCCCACGACAAGGCCCUGGUCAGCGUCAACGGCGCGUCACUGUCCAAGCCGCUGACUCUCUCGGCUCAGCCUAAGACGGACACAUCUCGCAAAGGUGGCGACCCGAAGAAGCCGGCAAUUCGCUUCGAGUCUCCGAUCCUGCGCGUAGCACAUCCGACCUCUUCUUUUCGACGAACCAGACUCACUUUCAAGCCUGUGGGUGGAACUCAGCACAACUACGACCAGGCAGGAUACAUGUUUGUAUGGCCUCAUCCAGACCUGCCGAAUCCGGAUGCCGAGCAUCCGGGGACUACAGAGACCGGCCCUUUCUACGUCAAGGUCGGCAUCGAGGUCAUUUCCGGCACGCCGUUCGCUACUUGUCUCGCGAACAAUGGACAGCUGGACUUCAGCGCGAUCCCGCUGGCCCCCGGCACAGAAGGCGACGAGAUCACCUAUGAGGUUAUGCGGUACAACGGUAGUCUCCUCGUGCUGCUGGUCAGAAAGGGAGACGAUGGGCAGGAAACACCGAUACCCGUGCGGAUGAUCGAUUGGUGCCUCCAGGAGAACACAGAGCGGCCAAAUAUGUGGGUGGGCGUGCAUGCCUGUCGUCCUGAUUGGAACGAUGAGGCCUCGGGGCCGUUGGAGGUUCAAAUUACACACUUCGAGGUCGAGGACGAGCACGGCGCCACUCAAUAUGCAUAA